ACUCACACACACUCGUCUUCGUUCUUUCUCUGGAAAUAUAUUUACAAUUCAGAAACCCUCUUUCUCCAUAUUUUCUGAAAACUCGGGGUUUGAAGAUUGAGCUGUGGAGGGAGAAUGGAUGCAUUUGAAGAAAACUCUCAACUUAAUAAUCAACAACACCAACAACAUAUAGAUUUAGGGCUGCAGUCUGAUUCGUCCAUCAACAAUGAUAAGCUAGUGGAAGAUAUUACGAAAGAGCUUCAAAACCUAGUGGUACCCUGCAAAGAUAAGCUUCUUGAUCGAGAUCUUCAGGGGCAUUCGGUUGUAACGGAUGAGGAAGAUGAAGUGAAGCGAGCAAUAGAUGAAGAGCUUCGGCACUUGUUAGUGAAGGAGGCUGUUAAUGAAGCGUUUCAAGCUGACUCUUCGAGUGGAAGCGUAGAGAAGUAUUUCCGAGAUGUACGGCAGUUCGUGGAUGAGGCUAUCGAACGGAACGGUCUGAAGAAGGUUAGAGAAGAGGAUCCGAAGGAAUGUAGGGUUUUAGAAGAGCGGGAAGUUGGCGAGACUGGACUAGAAUGCGAAAAGGAUGGGGGAAACGUUGUUGACGUUAAUGGUGAUGCUGAUGAGAAAGCGGUUGAACAUAAGGAGAUGGAUUCGAAGGAGAAUCACGAGAUUGAGAUAGAGGAUGGGAAUGACACUAGUGAAAUUGUCGGUUACGAGAGUAACGGUGAGGACAAGAGGAGUGAAGAUGUGAAUGAGAAAGAGUUUGAAGAUGGGGAGGAUCUGGAAAACGAGAACGAAAAUGCUGGUGGAGAGGGCGAUGAAGGUGGGCCGAUGACUGUUCCAGGGGGUGGUGGAUCGAAAAGGUAUCAUUAUCCAUUGAGACCAGAUGCUGAGGAUUGUUCAUAUUACAUGAGGACAGGGAUGUGCAAGUUCGGAUCAAAUUGCAAGUUCAAUCACCCUCUCAGAAGGAGAAAUCAGCAACCCACGAAGGAGACAAAGAAUCAGAAGGAAGAAAGCUCAGAGAGGCAUGGCCAGGUUGACUGCAAGUUUUAUUUAUCAACGGGUGGUUGCAAAUAUGGGAAAUCUUGCAAAUUCAGUCAUGGCAGAGGAAAAACCGUUGUAACUCCAGUGGUAGAAUAUAACUUUUUAGGCCUCCCAAUCAGACCGGGAGAAAAAGAAUGCCCUUACUACAUGCGUAAUGGCUCCUGCAAAUAUGGGCCAAAUUGUAGGUUUAAUCAUCCUGAUCCUACUGCAGUAGGAGGAGUAGGAGGUGAUUUAGCCCAUUCCCAUUCCCCAACCCCAUAUGGAAAUGAUGGACCUCUUCCAAAUAUGCCCCCAUGGUCACCUCAAAGAACUCCAGACACCCCUGCUGCAUUUCUACCAGUGAUGUACUCACCACCACCCCAGCAGCACAUUCCUCCACCAACUCCAGAUUGGAACGGUUAUCAGGCUCCUGUCCCACCUCCACCACCUUCUGCUCAUGUGUAUCCGAGUUCAGAAAGAGGGUUGCCUAUUCCACCGGCUUUCUUUUUGAACAAUCCACCAACUGAUGCUAACAUGUACACACAUCAACAUCAGAAUCAGCAUCAUCAACCACAGUCACAGAUGACACAUCAGCAUCCACAUCAGCAUCAUCAACCACAGUCACAGAUGACGGGUUCAGAUUAUCCUGAAAGGCCUGGACAACCUGAAUGCAGUUACUUCAUGAAAACAGGGGACUGCAAAUACAGAUCAGGCUGCAAGUUUCAUCAUCCUAAGAGUCGCAUUACCAAAACUGCCCCUUCUGUUCUGAGUGAUAAAGGGUUGCCUUUAAGGCCUGAUCAGAAUAUGUGCACGCACUACAGUCGGUAUGGAAUAUGCAAAUAUGGGCCGGCUUGUAAAUAUGAUCACUCACCAAAUUCCAAUACCAAUACCAAUUCCAAUUCCCAUUCCCAUUCCAACUCCAAUUCCAAUUCCAAUUCCAUCCCUGGAGAAGGGUAUCGACCAGAUGGCCAUCUCAUGCAACAAUCUAUGUAAUCAAUCAGCUGCUUGGACUUAGACUUGGAUACAAGUUUUAUUUUAUGUUUAAACCAACAAAACUUUGAGUCUCUUUUAUGACCCUUGAACUUGAAGGGUAUUUACUGUUUAGAAAGUGUCGAAUGAUGUUUAAAUUACCUCCAUAGUUUUAUACUAUGCUUUUGUUUCAUCCAUCAACUAUUUUCAAAUAUUCACUACUAACAAACAAAUGGAC